AUGGAUUCUGAUACAUUCCCCGAACCCCCGUCUCAAGCCAUCAACUGGUCUUCCCUUGGAAGUCAAAGCAUUGAAUUUCCUACUUCCCAUGUGGAGUGCACCUACUGUCCAACAACAGGUUCAUGGGGCCCACCGACAGUGAUCAAUAACCCGAAUCUUCAAAUUAAUGGCUUCGCCGUGGGAGUAAACUAUGGGGGACCAUAUUAUGAGUCCCUCACCGCCCAACGCACGCGAGACAACCGCAUCCUUCUCUUCCGGCCCCUCGAUCAUGCCCGUCACUUAGCCGAUGCUACAGUGGCGGUAGGCAUGACGGCUAUCCCCGAGCACUUGUUCCUGGCGUGUGUUAGAAAAGCAGUAGCAAUCAAUACUUCCUAUGUACCUCCGCCCCAGACGGACGCGGUGCUUUACAUCCGCCCGCUUCUGUUCGGGCCCAGCUUUCCUCGCAUGCGGGAUUCCCCGCCGCAGUAUACUUUCUGUGUGUUUGCCCGACCGGGUGUGGUGUACCCGCGGACAGCGGCGCAAAAUGCAAUAGUGCUGAGUGAUAUUGCUGCUCAUAAUGUCUCCACUACAAUGGAAGGCCAGAAAUGCUCCAGAAAUGGGAUAUGGGACGACGGUUGGAAAAAUGGACUGGAAGUAACAGCUCAGACAGAUGAUCAACAGGCACAGCGAGACGUAUACACUAUGAAGCUUCGGCUGGAAUACUCGCGACAUGGGACAUUUAUCAAUGGUUUUACGACGUCCGCGUUCCUUGGAGUGCAGGAGGAGCACGGUAGGUAUACGUUGAUGGUGCCGAGACAUCCCAGCCGGAGCAUCAUUAGUAAUACGUGCGUUGCGAUUGCUAUAGGGCUUGGGUGGAAGGUGAAGGCUGGGCCGAUUCCGGUCGAUGACAUCGACACUCUUUCCGAAGUCAUUGCCACGAGCACAUGGCACUUGCUGCUCCCCAUUCGACUAAUCUUCUGUCCGUCGGCUAAGCAGACAGUAGUGUAUCAAGCUGGGUCUCAGCACGCGGGCCCUGCGUGCCGGUUGCUGCGCAAUGCGAUGGCAAAAAUCAUGGGUGGAGAUGUCUCAGACAUAUGGCAGUGGUGUGUGCCAGUGACGCAGCAGGAUCGUCAUCCUGGCUGA